AGCUCAUGACAGCCGUGAGCCGGAUACACACGUUCAUCAUCGUGUCUGCAGAAAAGGUUUUCAACUAGAAUCCUGCCCCCUUUUGCUUGGGACCAGGUCCCAUGGAUAACCCGUGGAAAUUGCUUUUCGGUAGCAACAUGACUCUGAGCCUUGCGGGUCGUCACAGCGAUCUUGUGAGAUUCAGCCUGGAUCUUUUGCUGCUUGUUCUCCCCAUAGUGGUUGCUAAUGAAGAAAUAUCUGCCGUUCAUCAGGACUACUGGGGAGACUUCUGGCUGUUCCGUUUCUUGGUCAAUGCUGCUGGCUAUGCAAGCAUCGUGGUGCCAGGUUUUUUGCUUAUACAGUACUUCAAGAAGCAGAAUUACCUUGAAACUGGCCGUGGCAUUUGCUUUCCUGUAAUCAAAUCAUGUGUCUUUGGUAAUGAGGCUAAAUCAGGCCACCAGGAUGAUGUCUUGUUGGCCGCUAGGAAUGAGAAUGCGGAGACUUCCACAGCCCACCAGGUCUUUAAGCUCUUGUUCUGUGCAACUGGCCUACAGAUCUCCUACCUGACAUGGGGCGUCCUCCAGGAACGUGUAAUGACCAGAACGUACGGAGCAACAGAGUCAGACCCUGGAGAGAAGUUCAAGGAUUCCCAGUUCCUGGUCUUCAUGAACCGGAUCCUUGCCUGCACUGUGGCCGGUCUCUACUGUGCCCUGAUCAAGCAGCCCCGUCACAGUGCUCCCAUGUACAAGUACUCCUUUGCCUCCCUCUCCAAUAUUCUCAGCAGCUGGUGCCAGUACGAGGCACUCAAGUACAUCAGCUUUCCUACGCAGGUGCUGGCCAAAGCCUCGAAGGUGAUCCCAGUCAUGCUGAUGGGCAAGCUUGUGUCCCGCAAGAGUUACGAAUACUGGGAGUACCUGACGGCAGCACUCAUCUCUGUUGGAGUAAGCAUGUUCUUGCUCUCCAGCACCCCAGAGAAGCACCUCUCCACUGUCACCACCUUCUCUGGCGUGAUCCUCCUGGGCGGCUACAUUGUCUUUGACAGUUUCACUUCCAACUGGCAGGAUGCGCUCUUCACUUACAAGAUGUCCUCGGUGCAAAUGAUGUUUGGAGUUAAUGUCUUUUCGUGCCUCUUCACCGUGGGCUCACUGCUGGAGCAGGGCGCCUUGCUGGAAUCGCUGCGCUUUAUGGCCCGCCAUUCUGAGUUUGCUGCCCAUGCGGUCCUUCUGUCAGUGUGCUCAGCCUUUGGGCAGUUGUUCAUUUUUUACACCAUCAACCAGUUUGGAGCAGCCGUCUUCACCAUCAUUAUGACUUUACGCCAAGCUUUUGCUAUCCUCCUUUCCUGUCUCAUCUAUGGCCAUGCAGUCACUGUUGUGGGUGGGCUGGGAGUAGCGGUCGUUUUCAUUGCACUCUUCCUCCGUGUCUAUGCCCGCAGUCGCAUGAAGAAGCGCGCAAAGAAGCCACCCGUUGGUGAGAGCACCGUGCAAAAAGUGUAGGGGCCAGAGGGCAACCCAGGCUCCUGUCCCAAUCUCCCAACAAACCCAGAGCACUUGCUGAAGCUCUCAGGAACCCAGCAAGGAGCUGGCAAGGGAGAACCCUGGGUCCUGCCCCCUUCCCAAGGUACCCCAGCUGGUUCCUCUUUGCAUCAUGCCACAGGGAUUGGCUUGGAGAAAGCGCAGGGCACUCUGCUCCUGUUACUUUAACCAUCUGAGCAUUUUCCUGCUUAAUAAGAAGAGGCUUUUCAAGAAUCCCUUUCUCAGUGAAGGAGUGCCAGGGAACCUAUUGCCUGCCAUGACUCACAUUGUGUUUGAGGGAAAUGGCUCAUGUAGGGACAAGGCAAAUUGGACCUGAUUUGCUUCUCACCUCAAGGGAUUUGUCCUGGUCCCCUUCUGUUUACCAUCCUGGAGGUAAUAGCAAAAAUAAGACUUUAACAUUUCCAUGAAAAAAACAACACUCCAGAACUUUCUGAUUCAAAGGGAAAGCUAGCAGCCACAUUGGCCCCAGCCUCUUCUACAGAAUGCCAGGUUUUGUACUUACUCUCCUUUGUUCUCAGAAUAGUCCUGCUGGACUAUAUAGCUUAUCUUAAAUCACACCCUUACUUUCUGGUUCACGUCUUUUCAGACUGUGCACAUUCCCAGUUAUUUGUUUCUUGGUUUCUGCUCGUUGUCUAUUGACUAUCCUAUCCUCUCACUAUCUUGAUCGAUAAUCCCAGAAUUCCUUGACACGAUUUUCCAGGUAAUUUUUGGAGAUUUGCAGUUUCCGCAACCAUGUGAGAAAGCACAAAUACUGCCCUUUUGAACCACCGCUCUUGAGAGUCAGUCCAAGAGUUUUUCCUGCUCUUGGAAAAGUGGUGUGGGAGCAGGUGUCCUCAUAGAAAAAAUGUUUUAUCUCACCCUUUCUCCUUUCUAUCCCAGGGACUUUGUAGAAGCUUCUGGGGUGUCCCAUGCCUGCCAUGGGAGCCAACUGUACAAAAGCAUCUUGCAAGUCUGGGCUUGUGUCCUGCUUUCAGUGCAGCUGAGUAUUGGCUUCCUUUUCAAGCUGAUAAAUGUUCUGGAACUGGUGGGGGGGGUACCUCAGGGUUCUGGAGCACGCUCUUAUUUUACACGGCAGGCUGGGACCCAAGUGGCUGCCUGGCUCUGGCCUUUUCUGCUCUAUCCCCUUUCUGGAGUUUGUUUCCCAGAAGCUGGACAUAGUUGUCCUUUUCUCCACAAGCAGUUUGCUCUCAGACCUAGAUACAGGAGUGGAGUCACUUUCACCAUCUCCACCCGAAAGUCUGGGUUUGGCCCAUUCUUUUUAUUGCUAAGCUGAUAUUGUGCAGAGGAAAUGUUUUGGUACUCUUGAAACAUGCUCUUGUUUUAUUUUAUUAAAUUUAAAAGAGGCUGUGAAUGAUUGGUCUGAGUAUCUUGCUUGUCUUCAGAAGCUGUGGGAAGGUAGAAAGCACACUGCUCCUCUCCACCAUCUCUGUGUAGGUUACCUCAGUUACAUCAUUGCAGCAGCAACUCAAAUGUUUUUUGGUACCUUUAAGCCUUGACAAAUUUAAUUUAGUAUAAAUCUUCAUAUAUUACAAUGUUUCUUUGGAUAGGUGUCAGAAGCAGAUUACUAAUCCACAAAUCCUCACAUGAACAUCAAUUUCCUAGUCUUAAAGGAGCCACAGAACUACAGUUUUUGUUUUUUUCUUAUCAUAUAGAAAGGGAACAAUAUAUAUGAU